UGUUUCUUACGUUUCCCUAUGCUUUUGACCGAAAAAUAUGUCUAAAAACUUUAAUAUUGGCCUGCUCGGCCAUGUGGACAGUGGAAAGACUACGUUGGCCAAGGCUUUGAGCUCCAUAUCGAGCACAGCGGCAUUUGACAAGAAUCCGCAGUCGGUGGAACGUGGAAUAACAUUGGAUUUGGGCUUUAGCGGACUCGUGGUGGACGGGCCACAAGGAGAUCAGCUGCAGUUGACGUUCGUUGAUUGCCCUGGCCAUGCGAGUCUGAUCCGCACUAUCAUAGGAGGAGCACAGAUCAUUGAUCUUAUGUUGCUCGUGGUGGACGCCCAAAAGGGCAUCCAAACGCAGACGGCCGAGUGUUUAAUCAUUGGAGAGCUCAUGGACAAGAAGCUGAUUGUGGUGAUCAAUAAGAUCGAUGCUUUCCCUGUGGAUCAGAAGUCAAAGCUGGAGAAGCUACGCCUGCGCCUACGUAAGACUUUGGAAGCCACAAGCUUUGGUAGAGAGUUACCUAUAUACGCCGUGUCGGCCCUAGAGAGAAUCAAUAUGCAGGAGAUAAAAGAUGGACUGAUACAGGCCUACUAUCAGCCGGAGAGGAAUGUCACCGCUCCAUUGCUGAUGUACGUGGAUCAUUGUUUUGGCAUUAAAGGCCAGGGAACCGUUUGCACGGGUACCUUGCUCCAAGGAAAAGUGCAAGUCAACGAUAUGGUAGAGCUGCCGGCAUUGAAUGAACAGCGCAAGGUGAAAUCGAUCCAGAUGUUCCGUCAGAAUGUGUCCAGUGCCUCUAUGGGCGAUCGCAUUGGCCUGUGCGUCACCCAGUUCAAUGCCAAGCUCCUGGAACGUGGAGUAAUUUCCCAGCCUGGUUACCUCAAACCCAUAUAUGCAGUAUGCCUGCAACUCAGGCCCAUCCGUUACUAUAAAAAUGCCAUUAAAUCGAAGAGUAAACUUCAUGUCUCUUUGGGGCAUGACACGGUCAUGGCCAAUGUGACAUUGUUUCGGAAUACGGAUAACCUAUCAACCGAAUUUCGACUGGAUAAAGAGUAUGAGUAUGUGGAGGAGCUGCAGCCAGCCGAGGCUUCAAGCAACGAUAUAAUCUUCGCCCUGCUGGAGUUUGAGAGCCCUGUGUUGUCCCCUCCUAAUUCAACACUGAUUGCUUCUAAACUGGAUAUGGAUGUCCACAGCAGCAGCUGUAGAUUGGCUUUCUGGGGUCGCAUUGCGUGGCAGACGCAGAGUGUGAAUUAUAUCCACGAAGUGCUACCUCAAUUAAGAAUCUUCAAGCGGAAACAGAAGGUGGGAAGCAUUCAGCGAGUGGUGAAUGCCAACGAAGUGAUUGUUCAGAAUCUGUUCAAGAAAGAGGCUAAAAGAGAACUUUAUGUGGGUAAGACGGUGGAGCUUUCCACGGGAGAAAGGGGUCGCAUCGAUCGAACUUUUGGCCAGACCUCAAAGGUGGCUAUUACCUUUCAGGAUUCACUUUCACCCGCAACCAUAUCCAAUGUAAAAGAUGUGCGUUUGUUGAACUGUAAGAAGUAUGUGUUUAAUAAACAAGCGGGCUCUUUCAGUGACAAAUUACUACAACCUGUUUUUGGAAUUCCCUGUGGUUGCAUUUUCUUGCAAAAAAAUUUAAAUACUCCGCCAAAUUAA